CCCGACCUUUCCUCCAUCUACUCCUUCCUCCAGUCCUCUCAAAUGAACAAUGAUUUCACCAAGAAACGCCGCCGUAAGACCACCGACGACGGCGACGCCGGAGGCCCGCCGGGAAAGCAAGGCAAGACGAAGGACCUGAAUGGGAUCAUCACUACUCUAUCGCUGCUGGAACAGCAGGAGAAGCAGGAGCGGGUCUCAAAUGACGACACGUCGUUUGCUGAGGAGAAGCAGAGCCAGACGACCACCAAGACCAAGGCCAUGCUCGACUACUACUCCGAUUUGCAGGGCUACUACUCCGAAGUCGAGGAGUCCGAGUCCGUCAAGCGGAAGCGGUCGAGAAACGCGGCGAGCGUCGCGGCGGCUGCUGUUGCUGCUGCUUCGGCGGGUGACGUGUCCGAAAACAAAGGCGCGAAAGGCGGAAAUGGAAGCGGGUCGGGUCAGCACAGGCGGCUUUGGGUCAAGGACCGGUCCAAGGCCUGGUGGGACGAGUGUAACCAGCCGGAUUUCCCGGAGGAGGAGUUCAAGAAAGCCUUCCGGAUGGGGAAAGCGACGUUUGAUUUGAUCUGCGAGGAGCUGAACUCGGCUAUAGCGAAAGAGGACACUACUCUCCGGAAUGCGAUUCCGGUCCGGCAGAGAGUGGCCGUCUGUCUAUGGAGGUUAGCUACCGGCGACCCGCUCCGGCUGGUUUCGAAGCGAUUCGGGUUGGGGAUAUCGACUUGUCAUAAGCUAGUACUUGAAGUUUGCUCGGCUAUUAGGACUGUGUUGAUGCCUAAGUACUUGAACUGGCCGGAGGAUGGGGUUUUGAGGAAGGUGAAGGAUGAGUUCGAGUCGGUUUCGGGGAUACCUAAUGUGGUAGGGUCUAUGUAUACGACUCAUAUUCCGAUCAUAGCUCCGAAGAUCAGUGUGGCAGCGUAUUUUAACAAGAGGCAUACAGAGAGGAACCAGAAGACAAGCUACUCUAUUACAGUGCAAGGUGUGGUGAAUCCGAAAGGGGUGUUCACUGAUGUGUGUAUAGGCUGGCCUGGUUCAAUGCCGGAUGAUCAGGUUCUGGAGAAGUCGGCCUUGCAUCAGAGGGCGGGGAAUGGCUUGCUGAAAGGUGUGUGGAUUGUGGGGAGUUCGGGUUACCCUUUGCUGGAUUGGGUUCUGGUGCCGUAUACGCAGCAGCAUCUCACUUGGACGCAGCAUGCGUUCAAUGAGAAGAUUGGGGAGAUUCAGAAUGUGUCGAAAGAUGCGUUUGCGAGGUUGAAAGGGAGGUGGUUGUGCUUGCAGAAGAGGACCGAGGUGAAGCUCCAGGACUUGCCUGUGGUUCUAGGGGCUUGCUGUGUGCUGCACAAUAUAUGCGAGCUGAGGAAUGAGGAAAUUGACCCCGAGCUGAGGAUUGAGCUUGUUGAUGAUGAGAUGGUUCCGGAGGUUGCUUUGAGAUCACAAAGCUCGAUGAAGGCGAGGGAUGCCAUUGCUCAUAAUCUCUUGCAUCAUGGCCUUGCAGGCACUUCUUUUCUCUAGGGCUCUUAGGAUUCCAUUUCUAUUCUUUUUUUGCUUACUAGUUAGUUGUAUUGUUGUAGAAGUCAUUCCUCCUUGUUUGUGAUUUCUGUAAAGAGGCUCUGUAAAACAUAGAUACUUCUCCCUUCCACAAUUGUAUUAUUGUAAUCUUUAUAGGGUAAAGUUAUACAUGAUCAAGAUCACACAUUGUAACCUAAGAUCCAUACUUCAGUUACCAUAUAAGAGAUGAAUGAAAUUGAUAUUCUUUUGCUUCAUUAUGAAUCAUCACUAUGUAGUAUGUACUAGUUUUGCGGGCAUUCUUCAACUCCCCUAUGCAAUAUGUCAAAGUCUAAUUAGUUUAAGAUUCGCAGUAGUUGAAUGAGGGCAAUAAUUUAAGACCACGAACCUUCAUCAACCAAUUCAUUCACAUAUUAUAUCAAGUCCAUCUGUUCCCUGAAGUCAGAGGCAUU